AUGUCGGUGCGCGCACAUCUGGCGCAUGCGCAGAUAUACGACAAUUCCGUGUACACGAGGAGCGUCGGCCUCGCUGCCUUUACGAUCCUUGUCUACGACCACCUCAUCACGCUCGAGGACGAGAUCGAAUUCAUCUGGAAAGGGAGGAAGGGACCUAUCAUCUGGCUGUUCUUCCUCAACCGCUACCUGGUGCCCUUGUCAUUCAUCAUCAACAUAUUCGCUUACUUCAGCCAUGUUUGGGACUAUGAUACCUGCAGCCAGUUCGUCGUGUACGAGGGAUCCCUGACUAUGAUCGGCAUCUCCAUUGCCUCUCUCAUGAUCGUCAAAGCGCUGUACUAUAAUCGCCGCUUCGUCUACUACGCCGUCUUCUGCCUCUGGCUCGUCUUUGUCGGAGUCAACAGCUGGUUGCUGACAAGCGCCACGCCCGUCUACCUCAAAGCGCCCAACGUCAUAUCCUGCACGAUGAUCUUUGGCACCGAAGUCGGCUGGGCGGCGUCUGCCUCGGCCUGGCUCCCCCUCUUGUACGACACGACCGUAGUGAUCCUCACGCUCAUCCGCACCGUCUCGCACGCCCGGCACCGUGGCUACUCCGACAUCGUCUCGGAGCUCCUGCGCGAAGGACUGCUCUACUACUCCAUCAUAUUCUCCGUCACGCUCGCCCUGACGAUUAUGAUCAUCGUCGCCGACCCGUCCGUACGCAACAUCGCCGCGCAGCUCGAGCUGUGUCUGACGGCCACGAUGAUGAGCCGGAUCACGCUCGAUCUGAAGCGCUUCGCGCGCGGCGGGACGCUGGCGUAUCAGAAGGACCCGGUGCUGAAGAAGAGCUAUACGCUGCCGACUACCGUUCCGACGGAGUUCGAGGGCGAAGGGGCCGAGGGGAAGUACGUGGAGAGGCCGGAGAGGGCACAUACGCGUGCGAGGGAUAGUGUGGGCGAGGAGACGAGCUUUCUCGCGAUGGUUACGCGGGACCAUGAGAGCGAGGGUGAUGGGCGCGGGCAGGAGACGAGCUUCUUUGCGAUGGUCACGCGCGACGAGGAUCCGGAGGCGGGUCCAUCUUCGCCGUAUCCGUACGACGAGAAGGAGUCGCCGUCUGCGUCGCCUGUGUCGUCGCCGUCAAGGAAGGGAAAGGAGCGCGAGAUCGUGCCGAGCGCGAACGAGAGGGAGAGGGACAGGUGGGAUGCGGAGAUGAUGGAGACGCGCGAGGGGCGGCCGUUGAUGAUUGGGAGCGCGCAUGUCUAUGCGAGGAAGGAGGUCGCCGAUGCGGUCGGCGCGAGGAAUAGGGCGGCAGAGCUGCGUGAGUGGGCGGAACGCUUGGGCGCCGGCGAGAAGACGCCCGAGAUUGAAGCUGAAGACGGGCCUGCGUCAUCCAUGCUCGACUCUACUUCUCGCCUCCACGAUCCAGCGCUCAGCGAAUUCGGCCUACACGAUCCCCCGGCCGCGCGAAUACGAGGAGACGGAUAA